GAUAGCAUUUACCCCUAAAUGUUAUAAAAUAAUAUCGCUGACGCAUAUUCACUGCAUCAGCGACCUAGUUAUUACUACACAUUUGUUUUAGCAUGAUUUGAUUGAGUCAGUCCGUUCUCGACAUUCUUUCCAUAUACAAUUUCAUAAUUUAAUUUCUAUUCUUUGUAUUUUGUUCUCAAAAUAAACAGUUUAAUUAUAAAUUUCUUUUUUUAAAAAGAGACAUUUUUCGGACCCCGUAACAGUGGUGUCAGAAGUGGGAUUGCUAGCGUGGAGCUCCCGGGAAAUCCUGUUCAAAGGUUAUAAUCUUGUCUCUAUCGACUCUUUCGGCUCUAUCGAUAUAUGCUCCGCUAGCAAUCCAUCGCGGGUGUUCCAAAAUAUUUGCUACGCAUCUUUCGGACUCCGUGGCAUAAUUGGCGUGGCGUAAUUAAAAUACUGAAGAACGAAGACUACACGGUCUUAUCGUCUCCAGUUUGGACAGUCCUGUAUCCUGUUGCGACAGUAAGCCUUACUUAACUAAGUGAGCCUGCCAAUAGACACACUAUUCGUCAAGCGAGCUACCUUCAGCGCGUUCCCGAAGAGUGGUGAUACGUGAUCCUCAUCGUCGUGACCUCAACAAGUUCCUGAUGAAAUCGUGUGUCCUGAUAGCGGCAUUAUUUGCCGCGACAGUGAACGGGAGCACGUAUAUAACGCAGAUAACCAGCAGUCCAGGAAUUUAUUUCGAUCAAUCUCUAGAUGUUAAGUUUAUCCACGAUAGUUGGAAUGUUGUAACGUACAUCGACUUGUCUCAUAUUCAACCUCAUUUAGAUAACGUGGAAUACCUAUUUGAAAGAAUUUCUAAAUAUUGUGUCUCUUCUCAGUCAUCAUCGAAAAUCCAAUCAGACUGUACUAACUCUCUUAAUUCUCUAGAGUCCCAACAUGCUAACAACGUAAAAAAGUUUUCUUCAAUAUCUUAUUUAGUACAAGUGCAACAAACAAAACGUUCUAAACGCGGAUUAGUUGAUUUAGGAGGCUCGAUAUUAAAAACUUUCUUCGGAACAUUAGAUGCUAGUGACGCAAUUAUAUACACCGACGCAAUAAAUCAAGUACAGUCGAGCGAAAAACAGUUAGCACAUCUUAUGCAAGAUAAUAUCCACGUCAUAAAAUCAACAGUAUCUACAUUCAAUAGUACAAUGUCAAAAAUAAAAGAAAACGAGAGUCGACUAAACCAUAACUUAAACAUCAUAGAAAAAGCCUUUGAAACUCUCACAAAUUCAAACGAUAAAUUAGAAAUGAAGUCUCAAUUAUCUCUGCUACUUCAUUCGCUAGAAGGUAUAAUAAUGUCUCUAUCUUUCGAUAUCGAUGACCUGAAUAACGCAAUAUUAUUUAGUAAAAUGAAUAUUUUGCACCCGACUGUACUCAGUCCACAGCGACUUUAUGAAGAACUUGAGCUAUAUAAAAACAAUAUACCUAAACAUUCCGAGUUGCCAGUAUCUUUGACUCUGCAAAACGUUCAUGAGCUAAUUAAUGCAUCUGAUAUCAUAUGUUAUCUCCAUGAUAAUAAGUUAAUUAUUGUAGUAAAAGUUCCUCUCGUUUUGCCUCAAACAUAUAAUUUAUUUCAUUCUAUCCCUUUACCUACCCCCUAUAACAGCCAGACUCCUGAUACUUAUGUUCUAAUUGCACCUAAUAAACCAUAUUUGGCAAUAACUGUAGAUAGAUUAUUUUACUCACAAUUUGAUGAUGUUAAAGAGUGUAAAGUGAUACAAAACCAGUGUUACGUAUGUGCGUUAAAAAACGUUUACUCGUCUAUAGCCAACCCAGUGUGUGAGACAGUACUGUUAACCGACGUAGUUCAAAAGUUACCCAAAUCGUGCCAAACAAAACUCUUACACGGCUCUAUAGACUUCUUCCAGAAGAUAACUAACGACAGGUGGAUCUUCGUGCAAUCAGAACCGGGUAAAGGACAUAUAACGUGUGAAAAGCCUUAUUCUAACGUAGACGAAAUCUUGUUCGGAACUGGUAUUUUACAUCUACCCAAAACAUGUCAAGCUUUUUAUAAAACUUUAUCUUUUAGUGCUACUGAUACAUUAACCUCUAACAUAUCUAUUUCUAUAUCUAGUUAUAAUAUUGUCAAUGACGACUGUUGCGUCUCUAAUAAGAUAAACACUUCUAUUUCUAAGCUACCGUUUGUAAAACUUAAUGAAGUGAUGUUCGAUCUUAACGGGGGGGGUGUUACGAUAGCAUUUACCCCUAAAUGUUAUAAAAUAAUAUCGCUGACGCAUAUUCACUGCAUCAGCGACCUAGUUAUUACUACACAUUUGUUUUAG